AGGGUUCAUAUCUGACAGUAAACAGACUAUUACAACUGGACACUACUAGGGUUCAUAUCUGACAGUAAACAGACUAUUACAACUGGACACUACUAGGGUUCAUAUCUGACAGUAAACAGACUAUUACAACUGGACACUACUAGGGUUCAUAUCUGACAGUAAACAGACUAUUACAACUGGACACUACUAGGGUUCAUAUCUGACAGUAAACAGACUAUUACAACUGGACACUACUAGGGUUCAUAUCUGACAGUAAACAGACUAUUACAACUGGACACUACUAGGGUUCAUAUCUGACAGUAAACAGACUAUUACAACUGGACACUACUAGGGUUCAUAUCUGACAGUAAACAGACUAUUACAACUGGACACUACUAGGGUUCAUAUCUGACAGUAAACAGACUAUUACAACUGGACACUACUAGGGUUCAUAUCUGACAGUAAACAGACUAUUACAACUGGACACUACUAGGGUUCAUAUCUGACAGUAAACAGACUAUUACAACUGGACACUACUAGGGUUCAUAUCUGACAGUAAACAGACUAUUACAACUGGACACUACUAGGGUUCAUAUCUGACAGUAAACAGACUAUUACAACUGGACACUACUAGGGUUCAUAUCUGACAGUAAACAGACUAUUACAACUGGACACUACUAGGGUUCAUAUCUGACAGUAAACAGACUAUUACAACUGGACACUACUGGAUAUCAUAUAACCUCCCAGUGAGGCCAGAUCGAUAUAUGUUGCAUGGAGGUUAGUGCAACUGGUCUUGGGCUUGACAUUUUCGCAGGUUAUCACUGUGGACUUGACAUUUUGGCAGGUUAUCACUGUGGGCUUGACAUUUUGAAAGGUUAUCACUGUGGGCUUGACAUUUUAGCAGGUUAUCACUUUGGGCUUGGCAUUUUGGCAGGGUAUCACUGUGUGCUUGACAUUUUGUCAGGUUAUCACUGUGGGCUUGACAUUUUGUCAGGUUAUCACUGUGGGCUUGACAUUUGUCAGGUUAUCACUGUGGGCUUGACAUUUUGUCAGGUUAUCACUCUGGGCUUGAAAUAUUUUGUCAAGUUAUCACAGUGGGCUUGACAUUUUGGCAGGUUAUCACUGUGGGCUUGACAUUUUGGCAGGUUAUCACUGUGGGCUUGAGAUGUUGGCAGGUUGUCACUGUGGGUUUGACAUGUUGGCAGGUUAUCACUGUGGGCUUGACAUGUUGCCAGGUUAUCACUGCGGGAUUGACAUUUUGCCAGGUUAUCACUGUGGGCUUGACAUGUUGUCAGGUUUUCACUGUGGGCUUGACAUGUUGUCAGGUUAUCACUGUGGGCUUGACAUUUUAGCAGGUUAUCACUGUGGGCUUGACAUUUUAGCAGGUUAUCACUGUGGGCUUGACAUUUUGGCAGGUUAUCACUGUGGGCUUGACAUUUUGGCAGGUUAUCACUGUGGGCUUGACAUGUUGUCAGGUUAUCACUGUGGGCUUGACAUUUUGGCAGGUUAUCACUGUGGGCUUGCCAUUUUGGCAGGUUAUCACUGUGGGCUUGCUGUUUGCGUAUGAUGGUUGAAUAGCAAGGUGGUCUUUGUGCGCUGGCUCCCACCUGCAGGUUAAUCAGUGGAAUGACAAGGAAUUAUACAAAUUCAUGUAUCAUCAUUGUCUAGCUAGCUAGUAGGCUAGCUACUCAUUUCCAAGUGUUUUUGUUAACGUACCUGUUAACCUGUUCUCCUCAGAACCGCCAGCCUAUGAUGAACCAGAUGAGUGGUGUGUCCAAUAUGAACCUACCUCUACAGUCCAACAAUCCCAACCAGGUAGUUUACUGAGAUUAUAUAUCAAUAUGAACCUACCUCUACAGUCCAUCAACCCCAACCAGGUAGUUUACUGAGAUUAUAUAUCAAUAUGAACCUACCUCUACAGUCCAACAACCCCAACCAGGUAGUUUACUGAGAUAUUAUAUAUCAAUAUGAACCUACCUCUACAGUCCAUCAACCCCAACCAGGUAGUUUACUGAGAUUAUAUAUCAAUAUGAACCUACCUCUACAGUCCAUCAACCCCAACCAGGUAGUUUACUGAGAUAUUAUAUAUCAAUAUGAACCUACCUCUACAGUCCAACAACCCCCAACCAGGUAGUUUACUGAGAUUAUAUAUCAAUAUGAACCUACCUCUACAGUCCAUCAACCCCAACCAGGUAGUUUAUGAGAUAUUAUAUAUCAAUAUGAUAUGAACCUACCUCUACAGUCCAUCAACCCCAACCAGGUAGUUUACUGAGAUUAUAUAUCAAUAUGAACCUACCUCUACAGUCCAUCAACCCCAACCAGGUAGUUUACUGAGAUUCUCACAUAGUAACGGAAUAUGAUAGAAAUGCCAGUAAUUUAAUUCAGCAUAACAUUUUUGUAGUAAAUGUUGUAGAAAGAACAUUUAGUUAAAUCUCUCUCUCCCCCUCUCCCUCCAGGGGACCAUCAAUGCUCAGAUGUUAGCCCAGCGUCAGAGGGAGCUGCUCAGUAACCACCUCAGACAGCGUCCAGCUGGAGCUCCAGAGACAACAACAACAACAACAACAACAACAACAAAUCACGGUGCAGCAGCAGCAGCAGAGGAACAUGGUGAUGAGAGCCCAGGGACUCAACCUACCUCCCAAUAUGGCCGCCGCCAACAUGGCCGCAGCUGCUGCAAGUGGCCUAUCAGGAGGGCUGAGUAACCCCCGGAUCCCCCAGACCACCAACCCCCAGCAGUCCCCCUACCCGCCCAGCUACGGUACCAGUACAGGCCCAGGCCUGGCUUCACCCCCUCUUCCUCCUCACCCCUCUACCAGCCCCUUCUCCUCCCCCCUCUCCCCCAGCCUGCCCUCCUCUCUCCACGCCCUGCAUGGCUGUACCUCCUCCCAGAUGAUGAUGGGGGGUGCAGGACAGUUUGGGGCCGUAGUCAGCCCUCAUAUACAGCAGCUCAGUGCCUUUCAGUUCCCAAACUCAGGUACCUACUGCCUUGUGUUGGUGUGUGUGUGUGUGUGUGUGUGUGUGUGUGUUAGGGUUGGGUGGUAUACCGUAAAUACUAUAUACCGGGGUAUUCAUAUAUCGUCAAUAUACUUUUUAAGUAAAUACCUGCAGUCAACGUGUUCAAUACGUUAGGAGAUAAAGCGGAUUGCGUUCUUUCAUUUCACCGGUCACAUUAUUUAACAUUAUGAAGCUUACCGUAGAUCCCCAGAACAGUUGAGCCAGUCACAUGUUUGUUGUGAAGAGCACAUUGGGAGAGAGUGGGAGCUGGUGAGUCCACAGCGUUCUACAGUACUGUGUGAAUACUGUGUGUGUGUGGGGGGGAUACUGUUGGUGAAUAGUGUGUGUUGUGUGGGGUGAGGGUGGGGUACUGUGUGAAAUACUGUGUGUGUGUGGGGUACUGUGUGAAUACUGUUGUGUGUGUAGGGGGGGAUACUGUGUGA